CCAAGGAUUCCAGAAGAAAACUGUCACCUUUCCAAAAUACCACGCAGGCCUGUUGCUUCUUUGCGUACACUACCACAUCUUAACUCUUUUUUUUUUUUUUCUUUCCAAUCCUAAUGAGUGGGCAGUAACUUCUUGGAGGAGCCAAAAUUAACCCUACCAGUGGAGCGCUUCUUUAUUAUCUCUCACUUUUUUUCCCCUUGCCCUUCACAACUUUUUUUUUUUAAAUAAAGCAAAGUUCAGAUAAAGUUUUUCCUUUCCUUUUUCCCCUGUUCUCCUUCACUAGCACACACAAAACCAAGCUCUUGAGUGUCUUCUGAAACUGUUGGAGUCUUGAAGCUGAUGAAGCAAAGGAAACAGAGGCCCGAAUGCUGUGUGUAAAAAGAAGAGGAAAAAUCUGAUUGGAGAUGAAAGAAUUAACCCCCUUCCUGUCUUUAAUGCAAGAUGUAAUCCAGGCUGGAGGCUUCUUUGUCUUGUGAUGAACUGUGCUCCAGAGGUCAUCUGAACUGGAGUAACCAAGCAGAGAACUGGGUUUCAACUUGACAAGAAACAGCAAAGAUUGGGAGGGGGACAAAGAGAAGGUAUCUCUCGCAUUUUAGAGCUGGACAAAGGAGGCCAGCCCCUCCAGAGAGAUGGGGGAUGCUGGGGAAAAUGGUCUGGAUAAUGAUGCAGAAGGAGUGUGGAGCUUGGACAUCGAGAAGUGUUUCCAGGAGGCGCUGACAAUUUACCCACCCUGUGGGAGGCGCAAAAUCAUUCUUUCAGAUGAAGGAAAGAUGUAUGGUCGUAAUGAGCUCAUUGCCCGUUACAUCAAGUUGAAGACUGGGAAAAUACGGACAAGGAAACAGGUCUCCAGUCACAUCCAGGUGUUGGCCCGGCGAAAAACACGAGAAAUUCAAACCAAGUUCAAAGAUCAGGUGGCAAAGGACAAAGCACUGCAGAGUAUGACAGUCAUGUCUUCUGCUCAUCUUGUUUCGGCCACUCUCUUCCAGGAGAAAGUAGACCUGUCGGAACACUACUAUCCAUCCAGCACCACCAAUCAAUCCACAGACUUUUUCCAUUUCUGGGCUGAGGAUGUAAACCAAGGCCAAACUACUCCAGAUAUCAAGCCCAUCCUCCAGGCCCCAUAUCCCAUCACACCAAUUGCAGCAUCACUUGCUGCCUCAGGUUAUUCCACCACCCCAGGGAUGGGCUGUUGUCUCCCCAACACAACUACCCCUUGGCCGAGGGGUCAUAUUGGUACAGAAACACUUCGAUUGGUGGAGUUUACUGCUUUUAUGGAGUGGCAGAACGAAGGAGAUUUGUUUAAGCGGCAGCAUCGUUUUGUUUACAUUGACCUAGCACCCAUGUCUGAGUCACCCUUGGAGAUGGUGGACAUACGCCAAAUCUGUGACAAAUUUCCAGAAGAAGGAGGUGGACUGCGAGAUCUAUAUGAUCAAGGCCCUCCUCAUGCUUUCUUCUUGGUCAAAUUCUGGGCUGACCUAAGCUUUUCCCUCCCUGGAGAAGAACUUGGAGGCAGAGGAGGGGCCUUCUAUGGGGUGAGCAGUCGAUACGAGGGCCCACGGGCUCUGACUCUCAGUUGCACCUCCAAAGUCUGCUCGUUUGGCAAACAGGUGGUGGAAAAAUUGGAGACAGCCCAGCCUCCUCACUGGGAAGAUGGCCGCUUUGUUUUCCGUCUGCAACGUUCACCACUCUGCGAGUAUCUCAUUAAUUUUAUUCGCAAACUACGAACACUACCAGAAAAACUAAUGAUGGAUAGUGUGCUUGAAAAUUUCAGCAUCCUGCAGGUUUUGCGGGAUCAAGAAACUCAGGAAUUGCUACUGUGUGUGGCCUUUGUGUUUGAAGUUUCUGCAAAGGAAUGGGGAUCACAGCAUCACAUCUAUCGGCUGGGCCGGGACUGAGAAAUAGUUCACCAUAUUCUACAAAUCAACCCCAGCCAGCAAGCCAUCUUCCUCUUAUCUCCACAUCAUACUAGAUGGCAGAACUGAUGGCGGAAAAACUGCUGACCCCAUUCAUACCAACUUUUAAGUUUACUAACAGAUACUUUUCUCUUUUUUCUGCCUUGGUUUUUCUCACAAAACCAAGCUUUAGACCUAAACCUUUGAAAGGCUUGAACCCAUUGCUCAGUAGACCAUCUUAAAUGUGGGAUAGCUCAGUAGACCAUCUUACAGGUGGGAUGGUCCUUUGAACAGGUGUACUUCUGGAAGAAUACUCUUUUGGUCAAAUCAUCUCGGGCAUGUUGAGGACAAUAGUUAAUCUCAACUCCAUGGGUAUCUUUCUAAAUCUCCUGGGAGAACAUUGUCCCAUGUCUUUGCUUCUUGGGAUUUAACACUCCAUUGUAAGAAGAAACGGUAUUUCUUAGCACUCCUGUUUUGUAUGACAGACAGACUUUGAUGUACAUUAUAACUUAAUUCUCACAAACUGCUGAAGAGUGAACCCAUUCCUACACUAUCAUGUCAGACUCUAGGGAAAGGUUUAUAUCAGGAAUGCAUAACCUGAUGGCUCUCGAUUCACUUUUAAGAUCCUUUUAAGAAUCCACCACAAACGGUAGGGUUUAAUGUGACUCAAGUUGAAGAUUGUUAUAUACAGUGGCAGUAAUGAUAUUGUUUAAUACAAGUUUUAAAUCAAAUUUGAA